UUUGGCGAGCUUGAAGCGGGCAUCGCUGGGAUAGGCCAUAACAACCACCCAACAAGGCGUUGUGCUACUAUGGGGAAAUACCGAACCGAACCGAGGAUAAAAACGGCUUUGGACUAGUUUUCAGUCGAGGUAAACGCCGCGAAUUCGCCGGAAAGUCGGCAGACAAGUUGGAUCCGAGUGCCUGCUUUAAACUACGAGGCGACACCGAGGAGAAAUAAUGCCCACGAAGCUGUUCACUUUCUGGCACGGUAGCCAGGGCUUGGGGCUCUGAGGAUGCUUCAGAGGAUCCGCGCCUGAUCCACGGCUGAAGAGUGAGAGGAAUACGUCGUCUGAGCAGAAUGACUCAGCAAGAGGGGGGACCCCCAGAUAGCAAGUGAAGAGACGUGAGGAUGGGUGCCAAUGGAUCCAGCUAUCCGCACUCAUGCUCCCCGCGCAUAGGGGGAAAUUCACAGGCACAGCAGACUUUUAUCGGGACCUCGUCCUACUCUCAACAGGGAUAUGGCUGGGAGUCAAAGCUGUACAGCCUGGAACACGGCCACGAGCGGCCCACAGACAGGAAGAAGAAGAGCCUCGGCCUGGCGACUCUCAAACGGAGGUUCAUCAAAAGGAGGAAGUCCAGCCGCUCUGCGGAUCACGCGCGGCAGAUGCGAGAGCUGUUGUCCGGGUGGGACGUCCGUGACACCAACGCCCUGGUGGAGGAGUACGAGGGGACGGCGGCCCUCAAGGAGCUGAGCUUCCAGGCCAGCCUGGCUCGCGCGGAGGCUCCCAGCCUGCAGCGGGAUCUGGCUGCCCUCUACCAGCACAAGUACUGCACCGACGUGGACCUCAUCUUCCAAGGUACUUGCUUCCCAGCGCACCGGGCCAUCCUGGCUGCCCGCUGCCCCUUUUUCAAGACCUUGCUGUCCUCGUCCCCCGGUUACGGAGCCGAGGUCCUCAUGGACAUCGAGACGGCCGGCAUCGACGUGCCCAUGUUCUCUGCCCUGCUUCACUACUUGUACACCGGGGAGUUCGGCGUGGGCGGAGCGGAGGAUAGCAGGCUGCAGAAUGUGGAUGUGCUGGUGCAGCUAAGCGAAGAGUUUGGGACGCCGAACUCCCUGGAGGCGGAUAUGAAGGGUUUGUUCGACUACAUGUGCUACUACGACGCUCUGCUCAGCUUCUCUUCUGAUUCCGAGAUGAUCGAGAGCUGCAAUGAGCGAGGGGCUGUUGCUGCGGCACCGACAGCGGGCUCGGGAGGCAGCGGGGGCCCGGGGACCCCGGACGAGGACCUCAGGGCUCACAAGGCCAUUCUCUCAGCGCGCUCCCCUUUCUUUCGGAACCUUUUGCAGAGACGCAUUCGCACGGGAGAGGAAAUGACAGAGCGCACGUUGCAGACACCCACCCGCAUCGUGUUGGAUGAGUCCAUCAUCCCGCGGAAAUACGUGCAGGUCAUCCUGCACUGCAUGUACACGGAUGUGGUCGAGCUCGGGCUGGUGCUACGGGGCAGCCCCUCGGCGGGCAGCCUCGGCGAAGUGCAAGCCCUCGUGUCCGGAGGCCGCGGGGCCAGCACGCGUACCGAGGAGGCCAUGGAGCUGUACCAUAUUGCUCUGUUCUUGGAGUUCAGCAUGCUGGCUCAAGGCUGCGAAGACAUUGUCGUGGAAAGCUUGUCUCUGGACUCGCUUGUCCCCAUUCUGAAGUGGAGCUCCCAGCCGUACGGCUCCAAGUGGGUCCACAGGCAGGCCAUGCACUUCCUCUGCGAGGAGUUCAGUCAGGUCGUCACCUCGGACGUUCUCUACGAGCUCAGCAAAGAACACCUUCUCAGCGCAAUUCAGUCUGACUACCUACAGGCGAGUGAACAGGACAUUCUCAAGUAUGUUGUUAAGUGGGGCGAGCAGCAGCUUAUUAAGAGGAUGGCAGACAGGGAGCCGAACCUGCUGAGUGGCACAGCCCACAGCGUAAACAAGAGGGGAGUGAAACGGAGAGACCUGGACGUGGAGGAGCUGAAGGAGAUUCUGUCCCCCCUCCUGCCCUUCAUCCGAACCGAGCACAUCUUGCCUCCCAACAGCGAUGUCCUCGCUGAUGCGCUUAAAAGGGGUUUGAUAAGCACCCCCCCUUCAGACAUGCUGCCCACAGCCGAGGGGGGAAAAGCCAACGCCUGGUUACGUCAGAAGAACGCGGGGAUCUACGUGCGUCCUCGACUCUUCUCUCCCUACGUGGAGGAGGCCAAGUCUGUGCUCGAUGAAAUGAUGGUGGAGCAGACAGACCUGGUGCGUUUGCGACUAGUUCGCAUGUCCAACGUCCCGGACACGCUCUAUAUGGUCAACAACGCCGUGCCUCAGUGCUGUCACAUGAUCAACCACCAGCAAAUAGCAAGCAACUCGCAGCCCACAGCUCCAUCCGUUGUGGCAAAUGAAAUCCCAGUGCCCCAGCUGACUGUGGUGAAGGAGAUGGUCCGCAGGCUGCAUGAACUGAGACACACAGAGCAGGUCCAGAGAGCGUAUGCCCUCAACUGUGGUGAAGGAGCCACUGUCAGCUAUGAGCUGCAGCUGCGGGUGCUGAGGGAGUUUGGUCUGGCAGACGGAGCCACUGAACUUCUGCAGAAUCCGUACAAGUUCUUCCCUGACGAACGGUUUGGAGACGAGAGUCCGAUUCUGGCCCUCCGCCAAGUGGGCCGUUGUCGGGUAAACAGCAGCCCAGCCAUGGAUAGCAUGUUCACUGAGCUGGAAGGAGUUGCAGGCUUCCACCCUCCCCUGCCUCCCCCGCCUCCCCCGUACCACCCCCCUACCACGCCCAGUCAUGCCCAGCUCAAGGGCGCCUGGCGACCUCGCGUACCCCUGCCCACCCCCACCCGCUCCUUCUCCUACCCCUGCAACCGCACCCUCAUCCAGCGCCAUGCGGGCACCAAGCAUGGCAGCUCAGACUACUCGUCUGUGCCCAGGCCCCAGCCUCCAGACUGCACCAACCCGCAGGCCAUGGGCCGAGCUUUGCUUUCAGACCAGCAAGCGAUGAAUAUGGAACCUGUUCGGAGGGAGUUCAUGCCUGAUAUCGCGCUGGGUGUCUCAGUCAUGUCCCUGAGGGAGCAGCACAUGGCAGAGAUGGACAGGGAUGGUCCUCACAGCCCCAUGGGCCCCUCAGGCCACCAUCUGCCACACGGGCCCUGCCAUUCAGUACGCCUCAGCCACGGCCAUGGCCCCGGACACGGCCACUCCUGCAAGAGACACGCUCCUGAACCCAAACUGGAGGCUCAAGCCGAGUUCCCUGACCUCUACGACUUCUCCUGUCGACCCGCAACCCCGACCUCCACUCACCCUCUGCCCUCCUUUGCAGGACCAGACUUGUACAGCCACAGCUGCGCACCCUCCAGCUCCUAUCCUCCCCCUUACGUUUCUGACUCUCAGUCCCAGGGCCACACGCAGGGACGGACCGCCCCGGACCCAUUACGGCUGGAUGUCCUCAGCAUAACCUCUCAGAGGCACGACGGAGUCCUUGCCAGCCCGUCUGGGGCCCACGCAAGGAUGGGACAUAUCCCAAAGGGGCGAUCCAAUGAGACAGACUUGACUCAUGGCUUAGGCCAUUUACGGUCCCCCAGUGGAAACAUGGACAGCUAUGAGGAGAGGCACAUAGGACCUAGAGACGGCCCGGAGGACAUGGUUCUAGCCGGAGAUUCAUCGGGCCCGGGGUCCCUCCAGCAGCCUCACAGAAACAGUGUUGGUGAGGAGAUUGUCAGAGACCGCAGGUCACCCAGCAAGCCUGACUACCCUUAUAAGAAAUCUGCACUUUAACCCCACUUCAGGACCAGGGGUUGAGUUGAGAAAAGGGAAAAAGUGAUGAGUGGCUGUCCGUCAUUAUGGAUGGCAAAGCACUAAAAGUGUGCCUGCAUGUAUGCGUGUGUGAUUGAGGGGAGGAGGGGAAAGGGGUGGUCGAUGGUCACUAUUUAUAGAAUCUGUCCUUUUGUCCUACCUCUAUCGCACUGUGCUAUCCAUCACACAGUAAGAGUAUGGAACAGAGUAAGAGCUGUAGGUUAGCCGUCGAUGCAAGUCCACCUAGUCCUGCUGGUCUAGGGGAUUACAUCGGCCCUCGUGGGAUGAUCUGGCCUCUUGAGUUUUAUUGUUAAGCCCUAUGAAUGCUGUGUGAGGAGGUGUCAAUAGUAGAUGAAGCUGUUACGAACUGAACAAAGAUUAUGUUGGUCUGCUCUGUCCCUGGCACAGAAUAGGCAGAUCAUUGGAUAAGGAUCUCAGUUUACACAAGUGAACAAUGGCACAAUGUCUGGGACAGAGUAUUGUGAUAACAUCGCAUGUAAAUAUGUCUGGUUGUAUUCUUUUCCUCCCAUGACUUGCAUUUCCAUUUCUUCCUAUAGCAUGCCUUCAGUAACCCACCUGACUACAUUUCCCCUCCUGGCCCUCUUUCUGCUCUGCUGAUGAGUAAUGGGCCAAGACUUGGUCACACAAAAAGCAGGAAUCGGAUCUGACAGGAAGUAGGUCAUCAGAGCUCAUCAUUCUCAAGUAACCGAGUCUGAUAAUUGUGGCAGGCGUUAACCAUCGCGGCCUCCCUGUCUAGCUGAGGGGUUUUUCAGCCAGACCGGGCGGCACGUGGGCAGGAGGAUCACAGGUGGGUUCAUUACUGAGAUACAGCGGAAAAUAUGGGGGUGCCAUGGCAACUGACAUACAGUGAUCAAACAGGAGGGUUUGGGGGGUCGGCUGGAUUUGCAGCCGGAGCAGGUGUGUGAGCGUGAGUCUGUGCGCGAGGAUAACUUUGGUACACGCAGGUGUUAGACAAUCUCAGUACUGUACACACCCUUCUUUGGUCAGGUCUGUUUGUACAUAUCAGAGUGUGAGGGGGUUAUUAGUGGUCAGCGUGUUUGAGGUCCCUCUCAUUCUGUUCACCAUUUAAGUAAUCAAAGCUAAAGCCUUAACAAGUGCUUUGAAUAUUCAGUUGUAGCUAUUCAAUUAAGUAUGAUGUCAUUAUAUUGCAACCCCUGCUUAUUUGACUGUUCUCUUCACUACAGACACAUACACUGCAGUUUUUUCUUACGGUAGAGGUGGAUUUCACUAACCCCAAAUGCUAAACCAUGUAUAUACAUCCGGCCUCCAUCUCACCACCUCAUGGGAGAUCGCGGAUGUGCAUAGCCAGUGUUGAUACUGUUGAAUAUACUGUUAAAGAGCCGCAGCAGCUGUAGCUCCACAACCCUGCAAGUACACGCAUAAAAAAAGUCUGUUACAGCCAGAAGCUGGCAUGCAACCUCACGUAUGAGUAUCAUUGCACUGUAGGAGCCAUCUGUUUGUUAGCAGAAGGGAAAAAGAAAAAAAAAAGAACAAAUGAAUCUCGAACAAAAGGAAUCUUUCAUUGAAGAAAAGUUGGCGAUUGCUGGCUCAUAUCUCCAAUAGAAAUUGUAUAUAAUGAAUUGAGUUCCACGCGUUCUGGUCGAAUUUUUAAUGGUUUCUAUCACAUUUUAGUGGUUGUUGAAGGUCCGUGUUUUUACUGUAGUGGACGACACUGUGUACUUGUCUUUGUCAUGAAAUCUCACUAAGAAUGUGUGGUAUAAAACUUCAAGAUUGUGUCUCGAAAUCCAUUUUGUUCUUAAAUGUCUCGCAUUUAGGGCAGUUUGUUCAAUAUUGUAGGUGGCGUGAAUAACCAUGUUUGUUGAGAUGUCUCCCCCCACCCACCCCCCCCCCCUUUUUUUUUUUUUACUUUAAAAGUAACAGGAAUAUGUAGAGCAUUGAAGAUACUAGCUCUCUGCUUAGCUGUGAUGGAGAUGCCAAGCAGAAAAAUAAUUUUUCCGUCAUGGUUGCUUCAUGGGGAAAAAAUGCAAAACUCCAGAUUCUUCCCCAUGUUCAUGUUGGGUAGUUGUUUUAUUUUCCAGGACAAUGUUCCAUUGAGUAAAAGUCCUUGUUUUGCUCUUUGCUGUAGAGAAGUCAGUGCCUUCCCCUGCCUGCGGCUGGGCUUUUAUUGGAGAAGUGACUUUGAUGUCUAUGCAAGCUCUUUUCUACCAGCUUACCAGCCUGCAUCAAAUAGGUCUUUAAAAUCUCAUGUAGCUUGUUUUGUGUACAUAGUGUUAUUUAGCACCUUUUGAAAUUCAACCAUCUGAAAUGUGUGAUUGCUUGUGUUGAAUUGUAACAGGUACAUUGUACUUGUAUGGUAUCAUAGAAACCAUGUUUGUAGAUUGAUAUUAAGUUGCAUUUAGUUUCACUGAAUCUAUUUUUCUACUGUCACCUCAGAAGGUGCGUAACAGUGGUUCAACUUGGGCAUCCUCAAAAUAAAUUGGUUUGAUAUUAUGAA